CGCGAUGACACUGUCAGAUUCUCACUCGGAGGGCAAUGUCGUUUCACACGACUCUCGCUUCCACAUCAGCCGAUCAUCGAAUCUUAGCCGUCCGACGGGGAUGUUGAAAAACGAGAGCCCGAUAUCACGGCGCAAGCGCCGGAGAACGGCGCCUAUGGCCUCAAAAAUAAGGGCAUCCAACCAUCUGUCGAACAUUCCCACGGUUCACUCUCUGGAAGUAGAUAUUGAUUGACUUCCAGUUAGAGAAUACUAUUGAUC